AUGAGUGUGCUGGCACCGGAAGAUAUACGUCCAUCAACGUCGAAUGGCGAUCAAUCAAAUAGAGAUACCAAUACACCAGCUACCUCUACUUCAGCAUCCACUACUGCACUACCACCACCACAACCACCACCACAACAACAACAACAACAACAACCAUCAUCCUCCACUACAACAACCGACAAUAACAACAAUAAUCAAACAUCUCAACAACCACAAGAAAAGAAGGAAAAAAUCAUUCCAAGAGAUGUUAGACUUCUCCAUUUAAUAUUUGCUACACAUGCUGUUCAUAAUUAUCAAGAUCAUGUACCAUUACAACUAAUGGAUUUUGCUCAUAGAUAUACCAAAUCAGUUUUAAAAGAUGCUCUUGUAUAUAAUGAUCAUUCAAAACCCAUUAAUGCCAAUACAAAUUUAAAUUCUAAUACUAAUGCCACGGUUAAUACUGAUGAUAUAAGAUUAGCCAUUGCUGCUCGAAGUAAUUAUCAAUUCAAACCAGUACCUCCCAAAGAAUUAUUAUUGGAAUUGGCUCAAGAAAGAAAUAGUCGACCAUUACCACCAGUUAUUCCAAGAUGGGGAUUGAAUUUACCACCAGAAAAAUAUUGUUUAACUGCUAAAGAUUGGGAUAGUAUUUAUGAUGAACCUGAUGAAGAUAAUAAUCAACUGCUGCAACAAAAGAAUAAAAAAUUGAAAACUAAAUAG